AUGGGCCUCAUAAAUGUUUACAUCUUGCGAGACUGGAACAAGCACUGGAUUGACAUAUGCAAGGAUUUCGCUUUCGAUCGCCGCCAGAAGGCCGCCGGUAUCAGUGAAGCCGAUUCACCCUGUUCCCUAGAUUGCUACAAACUCCAUAAGGAUGCGGGAGAUUGUCAGCGACCAUCAGCACCUUUGUCGGAUACACCCAGUGAUGAUGAGUUGGCUAACCGUGUUCCUUUGGAUCUUGGUGACGACUCCUCCGACUAUGUUCCAACUCGCCUCCUGGAAGGACUUCGAUAUUCGGAACGUCUAAAGGAACUUCUUCAUAACAAGCAUCUGCGACAGUAUCUCGCGGCACUAGACUGCUCUCGCCAUCCCGCCAAAGCUAUUGAAAAAGCCAUGAAAGAACCCCUUUUCAUCGAAUUUGCCGACGAAUGCCUCAGGAUUUUGAAUCCCGAACAAGAAGUAUCGACUGAGAGCUAG